GGCGGUUCAAAAAAUUUUAGCUUGACGUUACCGAUAGUUAGUAUUUUCUGUUUCUGGCUUUCUCGUCGGUCGUGAUGCCUGCUGAACAUCUACGAUGGGAAACUAUAGAAGCCUUAAAAAAUUCACCAAAGGGAAAAAUCGUGUUCGACCCGUACUGGUCGGAGCGGGGCGAGCAUAUUAUGGCAGGUUGCAGAGAGGCCACCAGCUUGUCCUCGCAGUCUGGGGUCAUACUGGAGCGUCUCCACUCCUCGCCCCUGCAGAGGUCCUGCUUUCUGGGUUCCAGCUCGGGAGAGUCCACCCCUGGCCUGUCGGAGGAGAUCCCAGCAUCGAUUUCCUCCACAGGAUCCGUCCCUGACAUCAGCGCAAAGCACAGCACACUUUCUGCAGCGCCUUCUUUAAAAGCCGACCGUGAGCAGGCUGUUAAUGAUGAGGCGAAGGAUGAAGAUCCAGAGGCAGGUGUCAGUGAGGUUUCCAGUCCUGCGUCACCACCUGCCAUUUUCCUGCUGUCGCCCAAAGCCAUGGAUACGGCCGGCUGCAUUAUCAAGUUUGAGGAGGAACAUCGAGAAAAGGCCAAGAUGGAGCACAGACAGCGGCAGGAGAUUCAGGAAAAGCUGGUGGCGGCGGCGGCGAACUCCGAGUCGGAGCAGCUGAAACGCUUCGAGGAAUUAAUGGAGCUGAAGCAGAGACAGGAGUACCAGAGCAUGAGGGACAUGAUGGACAGAGAAACUAAAGAGAGCAUCGGGCGUCAAGAGAAGCUGAAGGAAGAGCAGCGACACAGAAUGAAGAUCCUGAACCAGCGGCUGAGGGAGGUGGAGCAGCAACGUCAGCGGGAGGCAGAGCUUGAGCGGCAGCGGCAGGUGGAGGGCAGGGAGAGACUACGCAACCUCAACACCAUCCAGGAGGAGAUCCUGCAGCUCAACCAGCUGCUGGAGCCGUCCACUCAGACCAAAACCGAUCUCCCACCGGCCAGCCUCAGCUCCUACAGCACCCGCGGCAACCAGCUGUGCUCGCAGGUGUCGGAGGUGGUGCGAAAGACGGCAGAGGGAGAGUUUCCCAGCGUGGAGGACAUGACUGUGGCUGAGAGAGCCCUCCACGAGAUGAGAGCGCUGAUCCAGCAGAUGCAGGAGGAGGUUGUCAAGGUUCAAGAGAAGAAGAAGAAGGAGCAGGAGGAGGAAGAGGCUCGCAGGAAACAGGCAGAGCUGCAGGUGCAGCAGGAGGCGCAGAAGAAGGCGGCACAGUCAGCCAAAGAGAAGGCGCAGAGGAAAGGGCUGCAGAACAGCGCUGAAGACAGCACUUUGAAAUGGUACAAGGAGCUGCAGGAUUCAGCCGCUCGGUGUGCUCAGGCCUUCGAACAGCUCAACUCCCCCAAAGACGCCCAGACAAAGAAACUGAAGCUGGAGCUCCAGAAAGCCGCCACCAUCCCCGUCAGUCAGAUCUCCAGCAACUCCGGAUCGCAGCUCCGAGAGAUCUUUGACAAGAUCGACAAGCUGCUGUCGGGACGGGCCGUGGUGUCGGGGGGGAAGUCGGUCUCCACCUCCCAGCAUCCACAGGGCCUGGACUUCGUCAGCUACAAACUGGCUGAGAAGUUUGUGAAACAAGGAGAGGAGGAGGUGGCGUCUCACCACGAAGCAGCCUUCCCCAUCGCCGUGGUGGCCUCUGGGGUCUGGGAGCUGCACCCUCAGGUGGGAGACCUCAUCCUCGCCCACCUGCACAAGAAGUGUCCGUACGCAGUCCCACACUACCCUCCGAUGAAGGACGGCACACCUGUGGAGGAAUAUCAGAGGAUUCUUGGUUACCGUGUGGAUGACUCUGGGGUGGAAGGUCAGGACAGCUUCCUGAAGAGGAUGUCUGGGAUGAUCCGUCUGUACGCUGCCGUGAUCCAGCUACGGUGGCCCUACAGCUCCAAGCAGGGGCCUGUUCCUCACGGUCUGAACCACGGCUGGCGCUGGCUGGCUCAGAUGCUCAACAUGGAGCCUCUGGCCGACAUCACGGCGACGCUGCUGUUUGACUUCCUGGAGGUUUGUGGUAAUGCUUUAAUGAAGCAGUAUCAGGCCCAGUUCUGGAAACUCAUCCUGCUCCUUAAAGAGGAAUAUUUCCCCAGGAUUGAAGCAGUGACCAGCAGUGGACAGAUGGGCUCGGUCAUCAGACUCAAACAGUUUCUAGAGACGUCACUGCAGAACCGACAGAUCAGUCCGCCCAAAGGUCAGCUGACCUCCAUGUUCUGGAGGUCGUGAGUGGGGGAGGAGGAGACACGUUGGAUGCUGCUGCUGCUGGAUAAAGCGAGAGAGGGAUGUGGUCUGCUGCUGAGAAACCUCUGUGGCUGGAAGGAGACUCUCUCUGCAGGUAACCUGAGCAGGGAAAAGUCGCAGCUGCUGGGCAGAGGGUCGUCACAUCUGUUAAACGGAGGAGUAGCACAGCCUCUGUCCGCUUCCUGCUCUGGUUUCAUUUACUGAACGUCUCAAAGAGCUGAGCAGGAGGCAGCUGAUGGACGGUGACUCACCAGAGGCCACGCUCAGCGACACUUUUAGAUUCUGAGAUAUUUAUCAACAGCUUUGCAAAAGGUUUAUUAGAUAUUUAUCUAUAGGAAGCACGACAUCGUCUCGCCAACACAUCCGUCCUCCCAACGUCUGUUCAGAUGAGCUGCUGCGUGUUGAGACGUGAACCCCCCUCUACAUUAGUGUGAAGUGCCUGAAUCUGAAUCAGAUGAAUGAGUUCUUCAGAGUUCAGGUUCGCGUCGUUCGCAGCUGUUCAUCAGUUCUACUGUUGCUUUGUUGUCGUUUCUGUGGGGAAAAGCUUUUUUGUCGCGCUCAUGAAAUUUGGUCACUACAGGAUCUGUACUAACACUCGACAGUCGCUGCUCACAUCAGAACUGUGUCCAAUGAAUUGAAUGUUUAGCUAUUUAUUUUAUUUUUUAAUAAUGACUCCACCAUGUGGAUCCAAGAUUUAAGCUUUGAGCUGUCGUUUAAUAAGUGUGAAUGAAGUUACCUGAAAAUUAGAGACACAGAGAGUGAAAUCACAAGACUGUGAAAGUUCUUCGGUCUUUAGUUUCUGCAUUUUUCUCAAAGUGAAGCAGAAAUCUGAAGGUGACUCUUUGCUUUAAAGUGAAAUUCAUUGUGAUCUUUUUCCAGCUUUUAUUUUUCAGAGCUUUGUUCUGAACAUAAUGUAGAAUAAACAGGUGGCAGAAUUAUUGGAAUCAUCAGGAUUUGUGCAAAAAUGUCUCCAUCCACAAACCAAAUGUCUGAAAUAAAACCACACCAACAGUUCACUGGAAAGUUUUUUGUCACAGCUUUUUUUUGGCUUCAUAAACAGUAAAACU